AUGGCCUCGUCGCUGUCCCUGCGCAGCUCAGGGCCAGAAGCCUCGAGACCUUGGGGCCGAGGUGGUUGUUUUCUGUUGCUGCUGCUGUUCCGACUGCUGCAGCUCAGCGCCGGUUACAAAGAGAACACCAACACACCAGUUUGUGGCAAGCCCUGGUGGUCGGAGGAUUCAGAAAUAAGCCGCCAUUGGCCGUGGGAGGUGAGCCUCCGGAUUAACAAUGAGCACGUGUGUGGAGGGGCCCUCAUUGACCCCAGAUGGGUAGUGACCGCAGCCCACUGCAUCCAAGGCACCAAAAAGUACUCAGUAAUUCUUGGCACUUCCAAACUGAAACCUAGAAACGUCAGCACAGCUCUCUUGAUCCCUGUGAAGGACAUCAUUAUACAUCCCAAAUACUGGGGCCGGACCUUCAUCAUGGGCGAUGUUGCUCUUCUCCAACUUUAUAUUCCUGCCACCUUUAGCAAGUAUGUGCAGCCCAUCUGCCUCCCAGAGCCCAACUACAACCUGAAGGUUGGCACCCAGUGCUGGGUGACUGGCUGGGGCCAGGUUAAACAGCGCUUUAUAGCCAACUCCACCCUGUCUCCAGACCUACAGGCGGCUGAGGUGUUUAUCAUGAACAAUAAGAAGUGUGACCAGAUUUACCGCAAGGAGCACAUCAUACCCCAAAUUGUCCCUCUUGUUCUGGGGAACAUGGUCUGUGCCACCAAUUAUGGAGAAAACUUGUGCCUUGGAGAUUCUGGGGGCCCAUUGGCUUGUGAACUUGAGGACAAAUGGAUCCUGGCUGGUGUGUUGUCCUGGGAAAAGGCCUGCUCCAAAACCCAGAAUCCAGAUGUGUACACACGUGUCACUGAAUACAGCAAAUGGAUCAAGAGUCAAAUAGGCAGUAGAGCUCUCUCAGGCCUCCAUCCCUCCACCUGGCUCCUCCUGUGCUGGCUGCUGCAUCCUCUGAUGGGGUCCUGA